AAUAGAUUUCGCUCGUGGUUUACAGUCGAAACAGAGAGAGCGAGAGGUGAUUUCAUUUUGCUGCGAGGGGAAAGAAGGUCUGUGUCGAAUCUGUCUGCAAGAUUCAGAUCGGUGGAGAGAAAGCAUUUUGUAUCGAAGGAAAUGACGUAGCUGUCCCUGGCUUUGGGUUUGAAUCACAAAAUUGCUGUAGGUGUUUUUGGGGAGUCAGAAAAUUGCUGUUGGGGGAAAGCAUGUACUAAAGAUGAGUUGAGGUGGUGAGUUGAGAUCGGGGGUGGGAAAUGACGUGGUUGUCCCUGCUUUUAUUGACGUAGCUGUUCGGUCCUAAUGCGGUGGACUUUUGUGAGAGGUAGAGAUAGAGAUAGAGAUAGGUGAUAUUCAGGGAGGAUAGAGGCUGAAACAGGUGAGAGAGGGAUCUGGGUUUUGACUAGAGUGCUAUCGAAUUUUGUGAGAGGUAGAGAUAGAAGAUAGAGAGAGGUGAUAUUCAGCAAGGGUAGAGGCUGAAAGAAGUGAGAGAGGGAUCUGGGUUUUGAGCACAGUGUGGAAAUUUCUACUUGGUAACCUAAGGGACGUGAGAGUUUAAGCAAACACCCCCCUGAAAAACUAGAACAGACCCCAGAAAGUGAAUUUAGUUUAGGCUUGGCAGAUUCAGUGUUGACACAGCAUAUUUAAAAGAAAUACAAAAAUAAAAUAAGAGUUUCAACAGAGAAACGACGUCGUUGGUUGUUCUUCUAUUUUAUGUAGUCGGAUCGGAGGCAUCGCUAGCUCUGAAGAAGAAGAAGAAGAGCAAUGGCAACGACGGCGUGUUUCAUUAUCGUGAGCAGAAACGACAUCCCCAUUUACGAAGCUGAAGUGGGAUCUGCGGCCAAGAGAGAAGAUGCUGCUCAGCUUCACCAGUUCAUAUUACAUGCAGCUCUGGAUAUUGUUCAGGACCUUGCUUGGACUACCAGUGCCAUGUAUUUGAAAGCAGUAGACCGCUUUAAUGAUUUGGUGGUUUCAGCCUAUGUUACAGCUGGUCAUACACGACUUAUGCUGCUUCAUGACUCCCGGAAUGAUGACGGGAUUAAGAGCUUUUUCCAAGAGGUUCAUGAGCUUUAUAUCAAGACUCUUCUUAAUCCGACCUACUUGCCUGGUUCACGAAUAACAUCAUCACAUUUUGAUACCAAAGUUCGUGCCCUUGCACGAAAGUAUCUGUAGGGCUCAUGCAUCUUGCAAGUGGACAACCUCUUUGAUUUUAUUUCAGAGUGAGGUCGAAGUUUCCAAAUACAGGGUAUUCGAAAGUCUUUUCCCCAUAUUUGUCCUUUUCAGGAUUUUUCCUCAUGAUUGUCACUUGUAAACUAUUGAUGUUAUAAAGAUCAUUAGUUCCCCAUAUUUAGGGUGCUUGUGUAUUACAAACCUCUUGCGUAUUGUGUUCAUACAAAUAUCCUCACGGAUUGAUGAUUA